AAGCUAUAGCGGUGCAGCUGUUCGACGGCGUGAGGUGUUGUGUGUGUCGCAUAUUUUUGUUUGGGUUUGAAGAUGGAUGUUUGAAUUAUUGUUCAAUAAAAGUAUUAUUAGUAAACAAUCAGUCUCUUAAACAUUUAAAAUGAAGAUGUUUAUUCUCUCUUUAAUUAAAUAAUGACAAUGAUAAUUGAGUGCAAUAUUUUCAAAUCAUGGAUGAGGACAUAACUGAAAAUGCAAUUUCAGAAACGGAUGUUGAAGCGAAAGAAUCGUGCCCUAAAAGAUUUAGAUUACCAAGGAAAUCUACGAUAGAAUCCACAAAAAAACUGUGUGCCAAAGAAGAAAGAAUCGCGACCGUCAAAAAAGUUUCUUAUAUACUACAAAAAAUUGAAAGCGAUAGAACUCUUAAAGAUAAGGAACUUUUAGCUGAAAGUCAAGAUAUAGUUGAAGAAAUUCACAAUAAAUGGAAAAAAAGGAAUGAGGCAAAAAGGAGAUUGGAAGAAUUGGAAGACCCAGAGGAUAUUUUAAACAAUAAAUGUCAUAUUCUCGCUCAAGCCAUUGCCCAAUCACAAUAUUUAGUAGCUUACACAGGAGCAGGUAUAAGCACUGCUGCUGAAAUACCAGACUACAGAGGUACAAAUGGGAUAUGGACGAGGCUACAACAAGGCAAAGAUAUUGGGAAUUAUGAUCUCUCUGUAGCAGAGCCGACGUACACACACAUGGCAUUAGCUGAGCUCUACCGCAAAAAUAUAUUGAAACAUGUAGUUUCCCAAAAUUGUGAUGGUCUUCAUUUGCGAUCAGGUCUACCUAGGACUGCUCUAUCAGAAUUGCACGGUAAUAUGUACAUUGAAGUUUGUAAACAAUGCAAACCGGUGAGAGAAUACUGGCGGUAUUUUGAUGUUACGGAAAACACAGCGAGAUUCUCCCAUAAAACGUAUAGAAGAUGCUAUGUUUGCAACGGUCCUUUAACAGAUACCAUAGUACAUUUUGGAGAGCGUGGAGACUUGCAAUGGCCCCUCAACUGGGCAGGAGCUUGUAAGAAUGCUAGUAAAGCGACUACUGUAAUUUGUUUAGGUUCUAGUUUGAAGGUUUUAAAAAAGUAUCCGUGGUUGUGGCAGAUGGAAAAACCGGUUAAAAAAAGAGCAAAUUUGUACAUAAUAAAUUUGCAGUGGACACCCAAAGAUGAAUUUGCUAAUGUAAAAGUAAACGGAAAAUGCGAUAUUGUUAUGAAAAAAAUCAUGAAUUUAUUAGGAAUUUUAGUACCGAAAUAUGAAAAAUUGAGGGAUCCCAUGUAUAGUCAUGCAACUGACAUGCAUCCCUUAGAACUCCAUACAACAACUCAAACUAUUUUAAAAUUAGACGAAUCAGUACAAAAAGAUAUGUUGUAUAAUAAAGACUGUGUAGCCAAUAAAAUGCCUGAUCUCAGUGAAAAUGAAACUUCAAUAACCUGUGAUAGUAGCAAUAAGACAGACAUUCUUCCUAAGCAGGAAAAUGAUUCUUCGAUUAAUUUUCCUAUUUGUAGUAUAAUAGGGACUAAAAAUAUUCAAACCGUAUCUUUGCCACAAACAGAUACGAAAUAUUUUUUCAGUUCAGACGACUCUUUUCUCAAUAGUAAUUUUUUUAAAGACUUAAAUAACUAUUCAGAUUUAUUUCUCUAUCCCUACGAAACGAGUUUCCUUUAUUCAGGAUUACAUAGCAUUAUAAAUCCCGUUCCUACGUUUGAAGAAGACUUUUACUCAAAAGAAGCGAAAGUAGGGAAAAUUGAACCUGCUUGUAAUUAUUGUUUCAAAUACUUCACAUCGACUACAUGUUUAUUUUACAUAAAGACAGAACCAGUAUUUUUAAAUGUAAUCAACAGGUUUAGUAAACUUGAGAAAAAGAAGAAACCUAAUGUGUGUUUAUGCUGUGACUAUUCCACUGACGAGGAAGAAGUAGAUAAUGUAACAAGUGAGAAAGAUACCGUUAAAAUUAGGGCUCAAGCUGGAUGGUUUGGAAAGGGUUACAGGAAAGGGCGACGAGCGAAACGAAGAAGUAUUUAGUAUUAAUUGUCAUUUUUUUUUCAGUAUUCUUUUUAUACCUGCCUGUGUUUUUAUCAAAUCUGUCCUCUAACUUUUAUAUUGAUUUUUUAUAUGUAUUUUAAUAUUGAAUGUCAUUAAAAGUGUGUUUCAAUUUA